AUGAGUUCACCAUUGAAGAAAAGGCAGAGAAUCUUGAAUUCAUCAUCGGAGCAGAGUGAACAUAUCGAUGAGGAACAUGAUGUUGCUACUAUGGAUCUUACCUGCAACGAGGAGCAGAGUGAAGAUAUCGAUCAGGAACAAGAUGUUGCUACUAUGGAUCUUACCUGCAACGAGGAGGAAAUGAUAGCUGAACUCAAGGAUGCAGAACCUAUACAAGCUAAUGAAGUUGGCAUUAAUGAGGCCCGUGAGUUCGCUACAUUGCUUAUCAGCCAGCAACCUGAGAUAAAUCUUAUCACAGCAAUAGAUGAAAACACUAGAGCCACCACAAUUGACACAAUGCUAGCUUCGGAAAAGGCUGCUCAAUACCCUAAAGCCAUCCCACUGGCGGUCCUUGUGUUUGACAAAUAUUUUGCGUCGUUUCAAGUAGGCCAAGGACCAGUCCCGAUAGAUCCUCAAACCGCGAUCACUCUGUCACUCUUCAUCGCAGUGAAGUACGAGUAUGGUAUUGACAAGUCUGAGAGCUUGGUAUUCCCUAUUCGAAAUCUAGAGUUGGAGAUACAGAUUCUUCGAAGUUUUGACUACAGGCUAUCUGGGCCAACGACAAAAACUUUUGUAGAUCUACAUCUGAGCAUGACGGCACAACAUGAUGCUACUUUCCAAUGUCUCUGCUCGUACAUAGCGGAACUGUCACUACUCGGUCGAGAGUUCUCGGGGUUUCUUCCGUCUCUCCUAGCAGCAGCCUCCGUCUUUUUGGCUCAAUAUGUGUUGCGCCAGAAUGAGAAACCUACUACGGAUUUUGUAUGGGUUUACGAAAAGGGUGACUUGCGAAAUGCAGUCACCCUUUUGCUAGAAAUUUUUCUUCAAAGGCGAUAUGGAGUAUGUCAUUACAUUAGGAACAAAUAUACUUCAUCACACUUUGAAGGUGUAGCAUCUCUUCCAUGCAGAGACUCGAUUCCGGAGGAGUUCUUCUCUUAG